AUGGAAUGUCCAAUGUGCUAUGAAUUUUAUGCACCAGAUAGAAUAGCAAGAAAUCUUCUAUGUGGUCAUACUUACUGCACUAUAUGUCUUGAAACUAUGUAUAAAGUAAAUAAGAGAAUUGAAUGUCCUCUUUGCAGAACAAAACACGAACCUAAUGUGAAACCAAAUAAUUUAAGUAAGAAUUUUGUUGCUAUGGAUUUGGCUUCUAAGCAUUUGGAAGAAUAGUAAGCUAGACAUUUUAACAAUUAGAAAAACAUUUGAACUAUGCUAAUAACAUUAGAAAUAUCCAUUGUAGUUUUAUUGUGAAGAUGAUUAAUCAAAUAUGUGUACAGAAUGUAUAACAGAACAUUAUGGUCAUAAAUUUUUUAAAUAUGAACAUUCAGGUAUUGAUUAUAUUUUUAAAUUAGUUUCUUUAUAAAUGAAUAGAGUAGGUCGUAUCUAAUAAAAAUUAAAGAUUCAAUAUGAGAGUUUGGAAAAAUAGAUGAAAAAAUUUGAUAAUUGUAAAGAAUAAUUAGAAUUAGAUAACAUUAAACUUGUAUAUAUAUAUAAAGUAGGAUUUAGAUUGAAUAAAUUGAUGAUUAAUUUGAUAGAAUAAUUGCAAAAUGUGAAAAAAGAAGAAAAGAAUUAAAGGAUUAAUUAUUAAAAAUAUUUGAUUCUGAAAGUGAAUAAAUUGAAUCAGAAUUAAUAUUAAAUUAAUCCUUAUUAUCUAAUAUGACUCUUUUAUUAUAAAAAUUAGAUGAAAAGUAUAAUGAAUUAAGUAUAAUUUUUUGAAAUAUUUAGAGACUACAAAAGCUUUUAAAGGAAAUGAUUUUAUUAAAGAAAUUAAUGAUUUAGAUGAAUAGGUUGAUAAAGAUAUUGGUUAAUUAAAAUAAUUAAAAGGUAGUGAAUUAAAAAUACUACCAAAAUUAAAUUUUGAAUAAAAACUAAUUAAUGAUAUUUCUAAAUAUGGAAAAUUUAAGAAAGAAGUUAGUAAUCCUUAAAUUUGCUAUUUUGGAGAAAAACAUAAAAUUUUAAUUUACAACAUUGAAAAAAAUGAUUGGUAAUAUAGAUAAAUGUCUAAUGUAUAAAGUCAUGAAUUAAUUGGAUAGAAUACAUUUGAUUACAAUUAUUAUGCUGCAGCAGCUAGUUUACCAAAUGGAGACAUAAUAAUAACUGGAGGAGGAGUUAGUAGAAAUGCUAUGUUAAUUUCUCCAUCUAAAGGAUUUUAAUAGUAGGCUUUGAAGAGUAUGUACUAUCCAAGAAAAGAACAUGCUUGUGUUUAUCUUGAUGGAUUUGUUUACGCAAUAGGAGGGUAUCUGAGAUAAAUGAUCUAAUAAGUUAUGAUGGCACUACAAAGCAGAUGUUAUCUUGUUGUGAAAAGUAUAGUUUGGUUACAGAUGAAUGGAAGAUGAUUGAUCCAUUACAAAAAUAGAAAUGUGCAUUUGCUGCUGCAACUGCUUUAAAUAAAUAUAUAUAUGUAUUUGGAGGAUUUGAUGGAAGAGAUAGAUAAAAUACAAUUGAAAGAUAUUCUGUUAAAGAUAAUUAAUGGAAGGUUUUGGAACUUAAAUUUAAGUAAGGAUUUAGUAAUGCAGCAGCACUCUCUUAGGAUGAUAAUUAAAUUCUCAUUUUAGGAGGAGGGUAUCCAUUUAUAAUAUAUCUAAGUUCAAAUUAAGGUUUUACAAAUAGUUUACAAGUUUUUGAUCCAAUUAAUCAAACAAUUAAAAUUAUUAGUAUGAUGACAGAAGGUAGAGAUUUGAGAAAUAAAUUAAUUAUUUAUAACAAUGAUUUGUAUGCAUGUGGAGGAAAUAGCAAUUCUAUUGAAAAAUUUUAAAUUACUUAAUAAGUCUGGACUAAUCUUAAGUAUUUUAUUCAUUCCAUCUAUAAUUUAGAAGUUAUAAUUAUUUAAUUUAGGAUAAUUUAGAUUCUUGGUGUAGUGCUUUUACUUUUGAUGUUAAUACAUCAUAUACAGUUUCUAAUUUUAUGAAAAAUUGUAAAUAAAUAGAUGUAAACAUAUUUUUAUAUUUAGCUAUAAUAAAAUUAAAAGUAUCAAUAUCAGGAAUAAAUAAUGUUUGAAAAUAAUUCAUUCAAUUAGGAUGCAUAGAGUGAUGUAUCAGAUGGUUAAUUUUAUAGUAUGUCAAAUCAAGAUUAAUAGAAUGAUUGGUUUUGA